CACAAGACCCAGCAACUCAUGGACCACAAAGUUGUACUCACAGAGAAAUAAGUACGCACAAAAGGAACGACUGCCAUUGUUGAAGUGAGAAUAUAUCCCCUUUAACCUGCUUAAAUAAAUAUUAUGUAUCAAACCCAACUGGAGUGCGAAUAAGUCUCAAAAAAAGGUCGAUGGAGAGAGAAUCAGAAACCCAGAAUUUAUACCCAAGCAAACACAAAAAGCUACUUUCUCUCUUAUGUAUAUAUAUAUAUAGAGGUAGCAUAUGGGAAAAAGACCCCAAGGAACAUAGUGGAAACUGGAAAGGAGUCAUUGCAGAGAGAGUUUCUCUGGAUAUGGGUUGGCUGUUUAGUGAAAGAAGGGGUCCAGCAUGGAAGCAUGGGUGGACAGAGCAAACGUUAGCCUCCAUCUCUGCACCUCCUUUGCCUCUACUAGCCAUUUUCAGCAUCAUAGUUCUCCUUUUGCUACUUUCAUCCUUUGUAAGCUUCAGCUCAGUAAUUCAGCAUACCAAACUCAACUUCAGUUUCUUUCUGCUGUUGUUGCCUCUGCUUUUGAUCCUCAUAGCACCACUUGUGUCCAAGUUUGAGAGGUUUGAGUUUCUUAGACCAAGGACUAAAUAUGUCUUGGCUCAUCAAGCCAGGGACUUGCCUUGGGGGGUGGUGCUGCUGGUGGUGGUUCUUCUGGUGAUGGUCUCUUAUCAGUCUUCUCUUCGCUCCAUGUGGUCUCCUCUUAUAUGGAGGCCUAAUUAGCUGCUCUCAUCUCUUUGCACUUGUACAACUUGAGUUCUUACUUUCUUUUCUUCAAUGGGAAUUCUAAUGUAACUUAUGUA